UUCAAGUCUUGUUUGGACAAGAAACCCGAAAAACGAGGAAAAAGGAGAGAGAGAAAGAAACAGAGAACUCAGAACAGACCUUUCCUUCUCUCUCUCCCUCUCUCCUCUAUGUGAAAGCAUCUCCAUUUGACCACCUCCAUUUUAGCAUAAACCCAACUUUACUCUCUCUCUCUCUGACCAACUCCAUUUAUGGCAUGAACACAUCUUCGUUUCCCAAGAGAUGAGAUGGCCAAACGGGUUUCUCUAAAUCUCUGCCCAAAAACUGCCAUUUUACUAGAAACCCACUUAGUUAUGAGUCAAAACAGGGAAAGGGUUGUUCUUCUGAUCAGAAACAAGGAAUGGGGUGGUAAGACUUCUCUGAAAUCUGCCCAUUUCACUAUUUCUCUCUAAAAUCUCAGUCAAAACCCAACAAAAGCACCCAUUUUUACACAAAACCCCACAACUCCACGCGUUUCUCAAAAAGGGCCACACACACAAAAAAAAAUCCAUUUUUUAGAGUCUCCUCUUGCCCCUUCUUCAAAAGCAGAGCUUUCACUCCUACUUUACUUUGCAAAAAAAAAAAAAAAACAGAAGAGAAUGGGGUGUGUUGCCUCCAAACUACAGGAAGAAGAAGAAGUAGUGUCUAUUUGUAGAGAGAGAAAACAUCAGCUGAAGCUAGCCGUAGAGAGAAGAUAUGCACUUGCUGAUGCACACGCUAGGUAUUGUCAAGCUCUUUAUGGAGUUUCAGCUGGUAUAAAGCUAUUUGUUGCUCGUCAUUCUUCCCCUUCUUCCCCAUUUCUCAUCACUUUCCCACCAAAAUCUCCCCCCAAAGAAAAUGUGGUCUCAAACCCAUUAUUCCUUCAACAAACACCUUCUGAACCCACCCAAUCAGCCAUUAACGGCUGUGAAUCAUGUGGGUCUUCAACAUCUUCAGAGGAAGAAGAUGAGAGAGAAGAAAAAAUGGAGGGACAACAACAAGAGGGUUUUGGGUAUUUCUACAUGCAAAUGCCUCCAUCAAUACCUUCACCACAGAGGGAUUUUGGGUGGGAUUUCUUUAACCCUUUUGAUGGUGUAAGGCCAGAGGUAAUAGGCGGGUACAAUCGUAAUUCGGAUGACGAUUUGAGGGUAGUGAGGGAAGAGGAAGGGAUUCCAGAGUUGGAAGAGGAAGGGGGUAGGGUGGAGGAAGAAGUAAAAAAUGUGGUGGUGGCUGAAGAAAGCGAGAAUGCAAGAGGAGGGCAUGUAGAGAGUGGUGGGGUUGAAGUUGUUAGAUCAGUGGAUGUUGUGGGAAAUGGGGAGGAGCAGAAGGGCUUAACAGUAAUUGAUACACCAGCGAAAGGGAGGGAGUUGUUGGAAGCAUUGAGGGAUAUUGAGGACCAUUUCAUUAGGGCUUUUGAUUCUGGCAAGGAUGUGUCCAGAAUGUUGGAGGCUAAUAGGGUGCAUUUGCAUUCUGGCCUGGAGGAAAUAAAAGAGAAUUCAACAAAACUCAUCCAAGCCAUCGCAUGGCGGUCCACUUCAUCUCGAUCUUCAUCCUGUAAAAGUCUUGUAGCAUCUAGUUCCAAAAGCUCUUCAACAUGGACAGAGUUUAACAACGAUCUCUUUGACGAUUAUGGAGGAAUGGAAUCAGGAAGCCAUUCUCUGACAUUGGGAAGGCUAUAUGCUUGGGAGAAGAAACUUUACGAAGAGGUUAAGGCUGGAGAUAGCACCUGGAAAAUUUAUGAAAAGAAAUGCAUUCAACUAAGAAAUCAGGAUGCUAGAGGAGAUGGACUUGCAGUGGACAAAACCAGGGCUGCAGUUAAAGAUUUAUAUAGCAGGAUCUUGGUUGCAAUUCGAAGUGCUGAAUCGAUUUCAGAACAAAUUGAGAAACUGAGAGAUGAAGAAUUGCAGCCCCAAAUUCUUGAAUUGUUACAAGGCCUGAUGGGAACCUGGAAGGUUAUGUUGGAAUCGCAUGAGAUCCAAAACAAGAUUAUGUUUGAAGUGAAAUCUUAUACAAGUCCCUCUUAUGCAAAAUUCUGCAACAACUCCCACCGAAUUGCCACACUACAACUCGAUGCGGAGCUUCAGAAUUGGAGAGCACGGUUCAUCGACUACAUUGCAGCACAAAAGGCAUACAUCGAGGCUCUCCAUGGAUGGCUAUCAAAGUUUGUCAUCCCUGAAGUUGAAUUCUACUCCAAGGGCAGGAGUUCAAAUUCGGCCCCACCUUGUCGGGUCAAAGGGCCCACGUUGCUUGUGAUCUGUCGCGAUUGGUUGAAUUCAAUGGAGAAGUUGCCGGAUAAAGCAGUUGCAUUUUCUAUGAAAAGCUUUGGAAAGGAUAUAAGGGCAUUAUGGGUACAGCAAGGCGAUGAACAACAUCGAAUGAGGAAAGUUGAGAGCUUGGCGAAAGAACUUGACAGAAAGAUUCUUGCAUUCCAGAAGGCGGACAAUAGGGCUUUUGAAUCAAAGCUUUCGGAGCAUAACUUGGAGCUAGUCAUGGAGCACCGUGCUGAGUUAUUGGAAGAGAAGAAGGAUAUUCUGGAGGGCUUCAGAAGGAGGGUCGAUUUAGAGAAGGAAAAACACCAUAACUGCAUGCAAGAAACACAAAGGAUCACACUUAACGGAUUUCAGACUGGUUUUGGUGGAGUCUUUGAUUCAUUGACACAGUUUUCGAAGGCUGCUCUGAAAAUGUACAAUGACCUUUUGAGUCACAAAGAGAGUGUUGAGAAAAAGGUUGGGAAUCCCGGAUAUAUAGAGGGCUCCAAACAUGAAGAAGAUUGCAGCACGUGACAUUCAAAAGCUGGUCAAGGUUUUUUAGGGUUUUUGGGUUCGGCUGUUGUUGUACAUUAGAUUGUGUCGAAGCAGUUAUUUGUAUAUUUAUUCAUAUUUGUAGUUGAAUUUCGUUGAAAUCGUGGACUCACCGCUAAAUUGGUAGGUAGCUAAAUGGAUUGUAAUGGUUGCCCACAAUUUUGUUGGUGAGAGAGCUGUAGGUUUCCUGAUUUCUAACACCUCACCUGGCAAUAAUUCCAUAAGAGUUUGUAAAGGUGGGGAUUGAAGUGGGUAAUCUUGUAAGAAUACUAGGAGAGGUAUUUUAAUAGCUUCCUCUCAGACAAUAUCUUGGAGAUUAUGGUAGACUUGCCAUAACAAGAAGAGUCACAUCUCGUGGCCGAGUUUCUCAGAGUUGCAA